UUUUCACUGAAGUUAUCACCUUGGUGUUCUGCUGCUUCUUCCUGCUGAUGCUGGCAGUGGCCUCCGCCUGCCUGUUCAAGAUGCUGGCUCGCUCCCCAGCUCCUACCAAUGUUUCUGCAGCUAACACAAUACCGUUUCAUCUCUCUGAGUCGGAGUCUCGGGCGGACACUUUGUCCCAUGAUGUCCACAACCAGAUCGCUGAAAUCACAAUGUGAAAACCUCAGAGGAGAUCCUGAUUCAUGCUCAUCAUUAUUUAUUUAUAAAUUUCAACGGCCGCUUAUUCCCUCCGAUUUCACACCAUUCAAAGCCUCCCGCUGCGUGAACGACUUCGACAUGUUUGCGUCUGUGUUUUUGGUCAUCCUGGGGCUGUACUGCUGCACAAAAGAGAGCAGUCAAAUCCAACUGGACCAGCCACGACUCUACGGCCCCUCGCAAGCUUUGGUAGGAGAUAUCAUUAACCUUGAGUGUGAAAUUCCCCGUUCAGAAAAUGAUGAAACAAUUCUUCUGACAUUAUACAGGAAGGAUGACCGUCAACUUGGAGACUACACCCUCCUGGCCGGGGAGGAGAAGGGAACCUUUCUCCAGGUGAUCAAAGCUGAUCAUGAGGGCUUCUACGUGUGUGUCGCCAGCGCUCAAAACAACACUGAGAUAAACGAGACCGUCAGCGAAGCAUACUUCUUAAGGGUCAUUGCGCCAGUCGUCAGCGCUGAGAUUGUUUACACGGGUCCAGCAGAGAUCUAUGAGGAAACCAAGCUGGAGCUGCACUGCAAAGUUGCAUCUGGAAAUCAUGUUUCCUACGACUGGUUUCUCAAUGGGCUCCUCGUCUCUCCGUCUCCUGUCCACUGGAUCGGAGGCAACCGGUUAAUAGUCACCAGAGUGUCCUCCAAAGAUGGCGGCUCCUACAUGUGUCAGGCUAAAAACGUCUUCAACGAAACGAGAUGGUUCACCUCCAACAGCUCAGACCUCGCUAUCACAGUCAAAGGUCUGGUGUCGACCCCUGACAUCUCAUUCACCGUGGUGAAGGAGGACGAUGACAGCUAUUCAGCCAGCAUCACCUGCCAGUCUGAGAGAGGCGAUCCGCCUAUAAGCUUCUCGCUCUACAUGGGCGACGAGCUGAUGGUCAGGGAGAACGUUUCGGAGAGACACGCCACGUUCAGUCUUCCAGUGGUCCUGGGCCAGCACUCUGGAUGGCUGCAGUGUCAGGCCAGGAACGGGAACCAGACUAAAUACAGUCGAUGGUUGCCUCUCGAAGUUGUGUCAGUCGCUGGCCCAGUGACGGUCCAAUCUGAAUACGACAUGGGAAAUAACUAUGCCGUCAUUGGCCUGAGGCUCUACUGCAAGGCGGCAGCGGGAACUCACCCACGUUUCCAGUGGUACCUCAACCAGAGGCCUCUACGUGAGCAGGGAAGCUUCUUCUAUGUGGUGGAUCUGCCGCCAGAACAGUCCGUCCUUCUGCUGGCCGUGGGGAGUCGGAGCUCUGGAAAGUACCGCUGCGAAGUGUGGGACAGCUUCGACAACAGCACGGUCAUGAGCAGCAAGGGGCUUUAUGUGGACAAAGAAGUGCUGAAUCGCCUUCCAACCUUAGUGGUGGCUGUGGUCUUCAGCUGUUUCGGGAUUUUGAUUUUCCUGGUGUUGUUUUGUUGUCUGUCAGGAGUCGUCUUCAGGUGGAAACAGUCUCAACAGAAGUCAGAGUCGAGUUUUGCGAUGGACGAAAGACUUGUUGUAUCUGAGAACGAGAUGGACUGGACAGAGUACAACGAGGACCCCGAUGUGGCGAAAGCACCAAGAGAGGACGAACUUUAUCAGGAAGCUGAAGCCUCUGAGGACGAAUGGCCUGAGAUCCAGCAGGAGACGCUGGACAAUGAAGCCGAUGAAGACUCAAACUGAACUCUACACUAAAAUGGCCUGCUGCCAUUUUAGUGUAGAUAUUUGUGGUAAUAGUUUUAGCAAACAUAAUGUUUUUAUAAAAAAUAAGCAGUGUCUUUUAGUCAAAUAUCUUGGACUCUUUUAGAUUUUGUAACACACCAGCUUACUUAAUUGGGAUAUUACACAAUACUACAUCAAAAAAAAAAAAAAAAUCACUUUCUCACCAUUUGUAACUGUGCUUUGCUGUUGAAAUUCCCUGAAACCUGAAUCAUUUUCUGAAUGUGCACACCAACCAGUGUUGUGCAACUAACAUUUAGUUAAACAUGUUGAAACUGAACCAUCCAUGUUCAUAGUUCAUCAUCUCAAGACUGUUAACCAGGUUCACAGUUGGUCACUGCAUUUGAACUCCCCUGUUGUUGUUGAAACACGCCACACAAAUAAACUUGACUCGACACAAA